AUCCUACUAGAAACUCAGGUAGAUCUAGAGACAGGUGCCCUGAACUUGAAGAAAGGAGAGGCUAUACUCAACACCUACUCACCUGUGCUUACAUAUCUUAUGAGAUGCAAUGCUGUUACAAGUUUACUAUCUGGUAUAGCUAUUAAGUCUGUUGUAAUUUCGGAUUGUGCAACAUAUAUCACAGAUUAUAUUACCAAGUCACCACUGAAGAUGCACACCAUGUUGGAGGCUGUGAAGAGAAUAUUUGCCAAAGAGUCAGAGAUGUUAGCUGAAGAGGAUAGUGGAGCAGUCAAGGUCAGAAAGAUACUCACAGGUUGCAAACUCCCUGACUUCACAAAGUGA